AAACUGUUGCAUGUGGAGACGGCAAGUUAUAGCGCUAUCGAUAGUUUGACAACUACAGUCCUUUUCUAAAUUGUUUAUUUCUUGGAUGGAAUGAAACCAAGCUUCCCUUCUACCUUUACAUCUACUUCUGAAACAACCAGCAUAUCGGGAAUUUUAUUUGAAUAAAUAAGGACUGGAAAUUUAGUUGGACUGUUUCACGUUGUGAUCGGGUAGAAAAUAUAAACAAAAAAAUGCAUAUCAAACAGAUUAUAAUCCAAGGUUUCAAAAGCUAUAAGGACCAAACUGUAGUUGAACCCUUUGACAAAAGGCACAAUGUUGUCGUGGGCAGGAACGGUUCAGGAAAGAGCAAUUUCUUCUAUGCAAUACAGUUUGUUCUUAGUGACGAAUUUACUCAUCUUCGCCCAGAGCAAAGGCAAGCGCUCUUGCAUGAAGGUACGGGAGCUCGAGUAAUUUCAGCAUACGUAGAGAUCAUAUUCGAUAAUAGCGAUAAUCGUGUUCCAAUAGACAAGGAAGAAAUAUAUCUACGAAGAGUUAUUGGGUCCAAAAAAGAUCAAUACUUUUUAAACAAAAAAGUAGUUCCAAGAACUGAAGUUGUUAACUUGCUCGAAUCGGCUGGAUUUUCAAACUCUAAUCCGUACUAUAUUGUGAAGCAAGGAAAAAUCAAUCAAAUGGCUACAGCUGCAGAUUCUUACAGAUUAAAAUUAUUACGCGAAGUGGCUGGAACUCGCGUUUAUGAUGAGAGGAAAGAGGAAUCACUCAAUAUUUUACGUGAAACCGAAGGAAAACUCGAAAAGAUAUCGGAGUAUUUGAGAACUAUAGAAGAUCGUUUGAAAACUUUAGAAGAAGAAAAGGAAGAGCUUAAAGAAUAUCAAAAAUGGGAUAAAGCAAGGCGAAUGCUAGAGUACAUAAUACACGAAACUGAAUUAAAGGAGACCAAAAAAGCACUAGAUGAUUUGAAUGAACAGAAAAAAUCGUCUGUUGAUAAGAAAAAGGUCUACAAUUUAGAAAUCCAGAAGGCUCAAGAAAACAUAAAAGACGUGCAAAAACGACUAAAGGACGCUAAAAAAGAUGUUGUUUCAACGAAGGAGGAGCGGUCCGUACUGUUGACAGAGCAACAACAACUUUUGCGUGAAAAAACAAAGCUUGACCUCAUAAUAGUUGAUCUUAAUGAUGAAGUUCAAGGUGACAACAAAUCAAAGGAAAGGGCAGACCUUGAGUUAAAAAAAUUAAAAAUAACCAUUGCUGAAAAGGAAAGGGAGUUGGACGAAGUUAAACCAAAAUACGAAGCUAUGAAGCGCAAAGAAGAAGAAUGUUCACGAGAGCUCGCCUUGAAAGAACAAAAAAGGAAUGAGUUGUACGCGAAGCAGGGGCGAGGAUCGCAAUUUUCGUCACGUGAGGAAAGAGACAAAUGGAUACUAAAUGAAUUAAAGUCUCUAAGUAAACAAAUACGAGACAAAAUAAACCAUAACACAAAAUUAGUCGAAGAUUUGAAGAAGGAUAGUAACGCUGAAGCUGAUCUUAAUCGCAAAAUUGAAGAGCACUCGAACGAGCUAGAGCAGUUAAGGCUUCAAAUUGACGAGCACAAUAAAAAGUACUACGAAUUGAAGAAGACAAAAGACCAAUAUCAAGCAAUGAGAAAUGAAUUGUGGCGCAAGGAAACACAAAUGACACAGCAACUACAAACGCACAAGGAGGAACUUUCGAAAACAGACCAGGCGCUUAGAAGUAUGGCUGGGAAGCCUAUAUUAAAUGGUCGAGAUUCCGUUCGCAAAGUUUUGGAUAAUUUUUUUGAGCGUGGCAGUCCUUUUGCGGAAAUAGCCAAAUCGUACUACGGCCCAGUUAUUGAAAACUUCAGUUGCGAUAAGACAAUAUAUACAGCUGUAGAAGUUACCGCUGGAAAUAGAUUAUUCCAUCAUAUUGUUGAGUCCGACAAAGUAGGCACGCAAAUUUUAAAAGAAAUGAAUAAACUUAAACUUCCAGGAGAAGUUACAUUUAUGCCCCUUAAUCGUUUACAGGUGAAGAUACAUGAUUACCCUGACGAUCCAGAUUCUAUUCCAAUGCUCUCAAAACUCAAAUAUGAUGAACAGCAUGACAAAGCAUUAAGGUAUAUAUUUGGGAAAACUCUGAUAUGUAGAAAUUUGGAAAGGGCGACAGAGUUGGCUAAAAGUACUGGGUUAGAUUGUGUUACUUUAGAUGGCGAUCAAGUGUCGUCGAAAGGGUCUUUAACAGGUGGCUAUUUCAAUACGUCUAGAUCACGACUAGAAAUACAAAAGAAACGUACUGAAUACACUCAGCAAAAUCGUGAUUUCGAAAAGGAGCUUGGCAAACUACGAAACGAGAUUAAACAAACCGAAAAUAGUAUUAAUUCAGUUGUUUCGGAUAUUCAGAAAACUGAAACAAAACAAGGAAAGACGAAAGACAUUUUUGAAAAACUUCAAGGAGAAAUUCGUCUAAUGAAAGAAGAAUUAUUAAGAAUUGAGAAAUAUAGAUCAACGAGGGAAAGAUCUGCUACUCAAUGCAAAGCAAGUUUAGAAGCGAUGAAUAGCACCAAGGCUGGAUUGGAAGCAGAGCUAAAUCAAGAAUUGUUAUCCAGUUUAUCGGUACAGGACCAACGAGAAAUAGAUCAGCUUAAUGAAGAUAUAAGGAAGUUGAAUCAAGAGAACAAAGAAGCAUUCACUCAAAGAAUGCAAUUAGAAGUUGUAAAAAAUAAACUUGAUAAUCUCUUAACCAACAAUCUUUUUCGAAGGCGAGAUGAAUUGAUUACAGCGCUUCAAGAAAUAUCUGUCGAAGAUCGAAAACGUAAACUUUUGAAUUGUAAAAACGAUCUUAUAUCUACGGAAAAGAGAAUAAAAAAGGUCAAUCUUGAUUUGGAGGACAUUGAAAAAAG